CUCCUCUCUUUUGCAUACGUAUCAGAAACGAUCAAGGGUUACACAUAGAAAAGGAAAAGGAAACAUCACGCACUUGCCUAACAAACAUCAAACUCCUCUAUAAGAUGGAGGGAAGAUCGAGGGCUGUGGCUUUGAUUUUUUAUUCUGUGGCGCCGACGUUUUUGUGAAAGUUUUGCGUCGGUUUCUCUGAAUCGACUUGUUGAUUAGUGGAUUUUGCAGUUUUUGUCUGAAUCGAAUUUUGCGGUUAUCCUCUGCUUUAAUAGGUUGCAGUUUUCCUCUCCCUUUAAUAAAUCGACGUCUCUAUUUUGAAAACGAGGUCGAUUUUGCAGUUUUUCUCUGAAUCGACUUUUGCCCCCUUAAUCAGACGUCGAUUUUGCAGUUUUCCUCAGUUUUCUUUCUGCCUUAAUUAGAGAAUCAAUCAUGAGUACCGUAUUUAGUGGUAUUAUUAAAAGAAAGAGGACAAGAAAAGGGAUUAAAGCAGUAGACCGUAAGCCGAACCUUCCCGAGCUCCCCGAAGAGAUCAUAUAUAAUAUCGUGGCACUCCUGCCUGUAGUAGUUGCUGCAAGGACGAGUAUGUUGUCGAGGAAUUGGAGAUAUAGGUGGACCGAAACUCCAAACCUUAUACUGGACAGGCAAUUCUCUGAACGAUUGAGCCUGAAAUACGGAUCAACGUUCCAGGAUGAAUACAUCGCGAUAGUGGAUUCGUUACUGUUUCAGCACCCUCGCCCCUGCAUCCAAAAAUUUGUUCUUGAAAUCCCGCAAUUGCCGACAACCCAUUUCUCCAUCAUCACCGACGACUGGCUGCUAACACUAGCCACCAACGGUUUGAGGGAACUGAAUCUUGAUAACUCCGCAAACGUUGCCGGGCGGUACCUUACCAUACAUACCUGUUUCUUCUCAGAGUUUCCUGAACUUACACGUGCCACACUGACUAACUGCUGUUUCCGCACGCCGCUUAAAACCCAAGGCUCCUGCAACCUGACUCAUCUUACUCUAAACCAAGUUACCUUCCUGCCACCGUCAUGGCCCUCUGACGGCCGCUUCAUUCAUGCGCCUCAGCUUGCGGUCUUGGACUUGAGAGACUGCAAGGGUCUCCAUUGCUUGAGACUGCGCGCUCCCUCGCUCAGAAAGUUGAUUCUUUUUCGGAAUUGGCAACUUGAUUUGAGCUACUUUAUCAGGUGCAAGAAUCUAACAGAUGUCCGCAUUACUACUAGGCUCGCCGGAAUUCAACGUCUUAGACACGGUAAAUACGGUAGCAUCAAUUUGACGAAGCUCAUUCGCAGCUGGCCAAAGCUCACCCAACUUCAUCUGGAUGCAACUACACGCAAGCAUCUGGGUGCAGAUAGUGAUGGUAUUCGUCCCAGGAGGUUUCCAAUUCGAAUUCAAAGAUUGAAGCAGUCCUCUUCUUAGUAAGCAGUUGCUUCAUCUUGUGGAGGCCCGCCCGGUGAUUCAGUUAAUGUCAUGGGCUGUGUAUGAUCACUCUGUUGGGAAUCAGGGAAUGCAUGCGACUGCUAUUAUUGAUUUCAUCUCAAAGAGGAGCAUCGCCUGAAGCGCCAAGUGAUUCUCGAACCAUUGAUUUAAACUUGCAUUAUUGUCUAGACGACUAUUUGUUUCUUUCUCUCAAAUGUUGGUUGGUUGAGUAGACCACUUCGACUUCAUCCUACGUGCGAUAGCUAUCUGCAUUCCUUAA